AUGCAACCAUGGCUGUUUGUUUUAAUCUGCAGUCCAUUCUGCCUUGCCGCCAGCAUUGUCAACAUUUUUUUCUUCUCUUGGCUAAUCCGACCAGCCGCCGAAGUGAAGGUUCGCUAUCCUAUGCGGUUCUUGUUAAUCACUGUGCUUUGCAAUUCAGCAUUUCUUCAAAUUGUCACUGCCGUGAUUAUAAUAAACACUGUUGUUAUUCCACCUUUUUGGUUUCAUACGGUAACCAGAGUUUUGAUUUACCAAGGGUUUACCAGCAACUUCUCAUGCAACGCUUGGAUCAGCAUUUUCUACCACGUGUCAAUUGUUCCGCAACAUCGUGCAAUCUUAGUCUGGAUUAAGAGGAAUAUUACAAGCAUAAUAUAUGUUGGCUUUACUUCUACUCAGGUACUACUUAUUUUUUCUCUAACUUUGGGAACAAUAACAUUUUUGAUGGACACUGAUGCUACACCGAUUAAUUCAACCAUAAAUACGCUGAACACAUCCUCAUUACCGCUACCUAAAGAAUUCAAGUUCUUUCAGUUGGCAAAUUUAUUGUAUGUGUUAUAUUGCACCUGUCCACUGAUCACAUUAUCAGUAUCUUGGGGCAAAACUUUUGUUUAUCUCCGUGGGCAUAUGAAACAAAUGGGACAGAAUGAAUCUUUUUCUCAAUCCCAACAGAAGAGCCAGAUGAGAGUCACGGUAAUAGGCAUGAUACAGGCGGCCGUGUUUCUACCCAGCAGCCUAUGGACUGUAGUAGCUGCUUUUCUCUACAUAUUUAACCUUUUUGAUGUAGUUGAUCCCAGUAGAUAUAUCACAAUAUCAUUCUGCGCUGUAUCCAACUUGGGAAAUCUACUGUGUUUUGGAUUCUCUCAGUCUGUGUUUCGCGUUAGGAUUGUAAGUUUGUUCAGAAAACUAAAGAGGAAUAAGGAGGACUCAUAA